AUGGGGGAAAGGCUCGGACACCGAUUUACUCACGAUAGCGGACUCCGACUAGACCAUACCGGCAACCAUACGAGCGGCCGGGACAGUAUCAAUCAUCGAACCAGGCCGCGGACAUCGGCAGCGAGCCCAACUGCUCCUCAAACGGCGGAGAACACCGUGGGGAUCUAUUAUUACCUAGCUAAUCAACCAAAAGGGUUGCCAGCAACAGCCAAAAGCAUUGCCUACGACAGCCAGAAGGGUUGCCAACGACAGCUCCCCGUGAAUAAGAUCGUAAAACGGCAUGAAAGAUCGAGUCGAUUCAACAACGGCUCAACAGCUCCGGCCCUCUUACAAUUGCGCGCCUUAGAUGACCAAGGCGCCGCGCAAUUACUAGGAAGCGAGCCUGCCGUGAACGCGCGACUGCUCCCCAGCCAGCCGAACCGACCUGGGGCAGAACUCAACGGUGAAGCGGUCCCGGCGGACGUCCCGCGCUACCAUUGCGCGAGCAGCGCCGCUUGGAACAGGCCGGCGGGCGAGUGUUUCGACUCACCCGCCUCGGCGAGCCGUUGCCGCCGCUGUGCUCGAGGACACAGCCGCACCCCUAUCCAUCCGAUGGUCGUCCGUCCUGCUCGGAGGGUUAUAGCCGCACAGAUUACAGACCCUCGUAGUAACGCCACCUACGAGCUACGAACGGCGCUUCGCGAGCUCCUAGACCACUACCUGUCGUAA